CGCGUUAGUUUAAAGUAGUCUGGAGUAAUUUAUAAAAAUGGCGGCUAGAGAAAGAACAACAAAACGCCAGUCAAAACCUGUGAACCUAACCUUUGAAACUUCCAGUACAAACUCGUCCGCAGUCGAGGAAAAGUUGUUUCGCCAAGCGGAGGAGGUGGACGAAGAGGACGGGCCUGUGGUGUUCAUCUGUGGGAAGUGUAAGCUGCCAGUUGGAGAUUCAAUGUCCUGGGAUGGAAGUGAAGAUGGAUCAAACCAGAUACGACUAAAACGUGUCACUGACAAUGUCUUGGUUGGAAAAAACUCAUGCAUGUAUGAAGCUGGUAAAAGAUCUUACUGUCUGGUUGUGGAUCUUACCUGUAAAGGCUGCGACUCAGUGCUCGGCAUGGUUUAUGAAUCCACACCUAAGAAACUGGACUACAAGAGAUUUGGUUUCUACUUCAAUGUGGCAGACAUUGACAGCUAUGUGCUGGGCUCUGCAAGCCAGAUGUUGGCAGCAGAGGGCCCUGAAGAGCAGCCGGUCACACUGGAGUACAGAGGCAUUGUGGAGCAACAGCUGACAGAGAUGAAAAUGCUGGUUGUGUCCAUGGCUCAGAGGUUGGAGGAGAUUGAAGUCAGCAUUUAAGACGGAUGUCAUGAGCCCUGACAGUGAUGAACGUCAGAUUGCCUUGGUGGAUGUUUUAUCAAGGCACUGGACAUGAAGGUUCAAUCUAAUCUUCACCCUUACCUUCACCCUCAACACGCAUUCCCUCAGUUACACAUUUUGUCCUAGCCUCACCUUGUGCACAAACACCUACAAAUGCACACGAUAGCUUUUACUGCGCUUUGUCCCUAUUACCGAUGGCGAAACAAAGACCGCCUGCACUUGUAAUCAAUCAUGUUGUCAGCCUGCCUCCUGAGGUGCAUGGCAACAUCUCCUCUGUAUGUCUUGGAGCACAGUGAAUGUACGCUAUGAGCAGAAUGUUUAUUUGUGCUGGAUUUCAUCAGGCGUUCUGCGCACUCAGCACAAUGCUGUAUUGAUCUGGCCAUGCAAGGCCACACACACAUACACAUUUUCUUUGUUCCCUUCCUCAAGCGUGGAACCCUGAAGCCACACUGUGUUGCAGGGUAUUUGCUUUUUUCACCGCGCUGUUUCCCGGACUCACGACUGUUCAGCAUUUAAAAAGAUAAAUGCUUUUCGAUCAUUUAAAAAAAGGCUAGUUAUUGAUUUAAGGAUUAUCUUAAGACAUCUGUUUAUAAUGGAGCUCUUGUUCAAAUAUUGCCAGGAUUUUCUUGUUCUUGUUCAAAUAUUGGUAGAAUUUUGUCUUAAAACCUGUCAUUUCCCACUAAUUGUUCUCAACUUAUAUAUAUAUGUAUGUUUUAGAUAAUUUGUUUUUGUGUGUUUCAGUUGUACAAACAUAUUGUCUUUUAAUGUUGGUAUGUAAUAAAGUGUUUAACUGUUUCCAAAAUGGAGGAAGUCGUGAUGCGGUUUGUCAGUUUUAAAUAAUGGAUUGAACAAAAUAAGA